AUGGCCUGCAAGGAAGGUAAGCGCGCUUUUAUUUGUAUCUCUUCGUCUUCUGAAGAAGAAGAAGAAGACGACGACAACGACCAAGUAGAAGACAGCGGCACUGAAGAAGAAGAAGAUGAUGGCGACGAAGGUGACAACGACGAUUAUAAUGAUGAGCAGGAGGACGACGAUGCUGAUGAGCAAAUUGAGGAGGGCGAUGACGAGGCCCUCUGCAACAAAGUGAUCCGCUCUCUCAAAGAAGGGAGUGAUUUGGAUUCUUUAAAUCUCAAAGAGUGCAAAGCAUAUUUGCGGAGGAACGGCCUCAGAAUAUUUGGAACCAAAUCUGUUUGUAUACAAAGAAUCGAAGAGCACCAGAGAUUGAAAGAUGGAAAUGGUGAAGCACUUUACCCUAAAUCAUCCUUUGUAGUUAAUUGUACAGGUGAUGUCUGCAAGGGAGAUGUCGUGCUCUUCACCCAGAAAGUUUAUGAGAAAUUUGAUAAAGUGACAAGGCACGGAAGGAUUCUAGGGAAGAGAACUGUUGCUGGCAGGGUUGUCAAAGAAAGCUAUGGUGCAGCCAAACAACAACAUACUUUUACGGUUGAAGUGCUGUGGAGCAGGGGAAUAAAGAAGCUGUGUCCUCUAUUUCCUUUGCUUGUGAAGGGUCGUAAUCUCUAUAGAUUGAGAACCUUUAGACAGCGUUGGAGUAAUGAAGCUGAAAGAUCAAAAGUGCUUGCUGAGAAGCACAGACGAGGUGAAGCAGCAAGACGUGUCAGAGCAAUGAAAAAAUCAAAGAAAUCAGCUGCAAAUGGAGGUGUGAAACGUCAGAAACAAUCACAUUUUACCAGACCAAAUCAAAUUAGGAAAAACAAUGAAUCAGAAAAGGGAAAGCAUUUGGAUAGACUCCAAAAAAGGACAUCCCGUGGAUCUGCAAACUAUAACAGUUUCUGUCAACAUCGAGCAGCCCUACCAUCAAAACAGCUGACUUCGCGACAAAGUGCAAUGAGUAAAUCAUCUCAAUGUUUUAGUAGGCAUCAGAAUCCCGCUUGCUUUAAUAUUGAUAGAGUUCCAGCUCUUCAUUCACAGCCUGUCCCUCAAAUACCUCUCCAAUCUCAACUAGAAUUUCAACACAGGAGUGUACCUUUCCAGUCUUUUAGUCAUGCCAUGAAUUCGAAUUCAACCAUGUUAAGAUAUCCUGUAACAACUAAUGUUGAUACACUUAUUGCUCCUGCCUCACAAUUUCAGAGGUUCAUUAACAGCAAUUAUAGCCACAAUGGUUAUGUAGUUCCUGGCUACAAUCUUGAAAAUUGGGAUCAUUUACCAGGUGUGAAUUUUGGCAGGCGAUUUCAUCCCUAUAUUUCAGGAGCUGACACAAAUGGACAGAUGAGAAGUUCUGGCUUUGCCAUCAUGCUCAAGCUGCAAAGCCUUUCCUUGUUAAAAGCUUUCAGGCAAAAGAAAUGA